GUCAGGUCUGUGCUCAGGCCGAGGGAAUGGGACCCUGGGUAGUGAGGGCCAAAGGAGGGCUGGUCCUGGGCUGCCCUGGAGCUGGAGGGUCAGGCCCGGCCUGAAGCAUGGACGUCCCAUCCACACUGCGUCCUGGGCCCCCACUGCUGUCCCACCUUGUGCCCGGGCCUGGUGUGUGUGUGUGUAUGGUGGGCGGGGAUGCUGGCCGGGAGCCUGGGGGUGGGGGAUGCUGUUCCUUUCCUGGGGGCGGUGCUGGGGGUGAGGGGGAGGCCACUGUGGACAGAGGGGGCUUUGUUCGUGGGACUGUUCGGGGAGCUGGGCUCGGCCCCGACAAAGAGCCAUCUGUCUGGGUGAUGUGCCCCCGGCUUGCCGGAAUAGCCCCCCUCCGUCCCAGGGGCUCAGCCUUUCGGCACUCCUCACCCAGCAGGCACAGACGGCCUCGUCCUGCCUCUCUCAGCCCGGGACAGCUGAAUCCCAGCCCGCUGCUGGGCAGGUGCAGGGGCCUGUCGGCUGCCUCCUACUGCCAGCCGGGUCAGGCCCAAGGACGCUCUCACAGCCUGGGUCCCCACGGAACGUUCUCUCGUUGGCUUUGCCCGAGGGACACCCGGUGCUCCCUCUGCAUUGGUCAGACCAGGCAGACUGCUCAGGAGGGCAUCCCUGACCCUCUCCUCACGGGCCUGGCCCGUGCAGUCUCUGGGCCGGGGUCCUUCCCUCCCAACCACAGCCCCCCUCCCAGCUCCUUGUCAGAGUUCCAGCUGUGGUCCAGGGCUCACGGGGCCUCGACCGUCUGCCCACCGUCCUCUGGAUGUGUAGAGUCCCUUUUGGACUCCCUGCAGCCGACCCCUCUGCCUCCCAUGCCCUCAGCCAUCCUGACCACCGGCGGGACCCUCCUCAUCUGGGAAGCAAGCCCACUCAACGCUCCCUGCCUUCUGGGGACUGCCCUUGAGCCGGGACCCCCGUGGGCCCUCGGGAGCUCGACGUGUAGAAGCCAGAGGCACGCUCAGUUCUAUGGGGCUGUCCUUGGUCAGACUGAUCUGUGGAUCCAAUACAAUCCCACUCAAAACCCCACUCGUGUCUGUGUGACUUUGCUGUGGAUGCUGGGGCACGUGGGGUGGGUCAGGCCCGGAGAGGCCCAGUCUGGGCAGGGGAAGCGAGCAGGUGUGGUCUGCAGGCUCAGUGGCAGGAGGUGUCCGGAGAACUAGGGAGGCCCAUCCCUUCCCCUGGCACCGCAGUCUGACACGCCCCGCCUCCCCUGCAGGGACGGGACAGGUCCACAGGCCUGAGGCAGCCUCUGGAGCAGACGCAGGUGCAGGCCUGCAGAGCUCACGU